AUGGAACCAGGCAGAAGACACAGUGCCAAGAGAUACAUUUUAAAUCCAAGAAGACUGCUUGGCGACAGGUGUAUCAGCGGACACCUGCCUAUGUGUCACCGCGUCCACUCGCUACCCAACCUGACGGUGUUGAGCCUCAGUGGAUGCAGCAAAAUCACAGACGAUGGAGUGGAGCUGAUUGCCGAAAACCUGCGCAAACUCCGCUCUCUCGAUCUCUCCUGGUGCCCGAGGAUCACCGACGCCGCCCUCGAGUACAUCGCCUGCGACUUGAACCAGCUGGAGGAACUCACGCUGGACAGAUGCGUCCACGUCACGGACAUAGGCGUCGGGUACAUAUCCACGAUGCUGUCCCUGUCCGCUCUGUUCCUCCGCUGGUGUUCCCAAGUCAGAGAUUUCGGCGUGCAGCAUCUCUGUUCCAUGAGAAAUAUUCAGGUUCUCUCGCUAGCAGGCUGCUCCCUGGUGACCUCGGCCGGACUCUCAACCCUUGUCCAGCUGCGGCACUUACAGGAGCUCGAACUAACCAACUGUCCAGGAGCAACACCCGAGCUCCACCAUCACCUUCACCUCCAUCUACCCAAGUGCCUCAUUAUUGAGUAGCAAAAGGAAAAAAGAAAUACUAAUAAAAAAACAACAGUACUACCCAGCAUACAAAAAACGGGUCUCUCUAAGGCAGUCAGGAACAGAAAAGCAAAAGGAAAAGCUUAUACUCUUCUUAGACUAAUAGGUGUGACAUGUUUCCAUAUUGUAUUGGAGUUACAGUGCAUUCAAUAUUCUGUGGUGUCGUUUAUGUGCAUUUCCCCGGGAAAUAGGUGUUCUCCAUGCACAUGUAAAUUGGCAUUAUGAGAUAUUAUCCAUUAAUCAAAUGGACACAAACCUUAAAAAUUGCAGUGCAGUGUCUAAGUGUCUAACAUGUACAUUACAUUGCAUCAUGAUGGAAAUAUGGUGACAGAUAUUACGUAAUGACUAGGUGGAUAUAGAACACUGUUAAGGUUAUUGUGAUGAAAACAAUUAGGAAAACCUUUAUGUACAAUUUACUGUGACAAAUUAUCUGAUUAAGUGUUUCUUUUUCAUAGAACUGAUACAAAUUUUUUUUCACCAGUAAUGGUAUACUUAUUAAAUCUGAUUGACAAACUAUAAGUGGGAUGAGUGUAGUUGAAUGUAGCGUAUGUGAGGUUGAAGUAUUUCUGUAGUUUUCAGCUCUUUAAGACAAAACUAUAAAACUAUUGCUGUAUGUACUUGAUUUAUGUCUUUCAUUGAUGUGACACACUUUUACUGCUCAUAAUGAACCAAACAAGAAAAUGAAAACGGACAAUUUUAAUCCGAUCACGUCUGCUACAGAGACAUUACACUGAAAUGACUCCGACAUGUCCAGCCGGACCACGACUUAGAUAAAGAGAGUUUUACGGAUAGAAUACCAGACUUAUCAAGCAUGUCUACCAUGCAGAAUGGGGAUUAAAGGGGACUAGAUUGUACCAGUGUGGGCAGCAAACUCGUAGUGCAUCUUCCUCACCGCCCAUUGUAACUGAAGAAUCAUUAACACAUAGUGCUAAUAUUAAGGCGUACUGCUCAUUUCAUAAUCAAUAUUGUUUUACCAUGUGAAUAGCACAGAGAGCAAUAACAUAUAUUUGAUUAUUUGACAAUACUGUACUAUGGAACAGUCCUAAGGCAGAUGUCCCCUUUUUGGUAACUGGCAGCCUGAAACUGGUUAUGCACAAGGAUUAUAAUUCAGUGCAUUGUAUAUUUUCUUUCUCUUUUUUGUCUGUGCAUAAAUAGGUGCUUGAUUGAGAGUUUUGCUUUAGUUACAAUGCAAUAUUUGGAAUGAAAACGGAGUUUAUCUUCAGUAAACAAAACUGUAUCAGGUCUUAUUGUAGAAAUACACAAAUUCUGUGGGUAUUGAAGUCGUCGAGCUAUGUACCUGUGUGUCAUCAAAUAGAGUUUGAACUGUGUGGUUGCAUUUUGAAUAUACACUGUAGGUUUUGCAAUGUUUGUUUUGAAGUCUUUAGGCUUAACAUAUAACUGGUUGACACUAGAGGUUCAUUAAACACACACACACACACACACACACACACACACACACACACACACACACACACACACACACACACACACACACACACACACACACACACACCCCCUCUCUGCUGAAUUUCUGAAAUGCAGAAAAUGCAUUUUUUUAUUCUCUCUCUCUCUCUUAUAUUUUGAAGUGAUUCCACUCAAGGUUCCUCCAUAUAUUCUUAAUGAUGUAUCACUGUAAUUUGAACUCAAUGGAUUCUCCUGAUUAGUAGUCUAUUUCACUUGUUCAAACAGGUUCAGAUGACAUUUAAAUAUAGCUUCCAAUUUAUUGUAUAAGAAGCUCAGCAGAUAAAGAAGGUUAGAGUUUAUAUUGAAAAGAAAAAAAAAAAAUUGUCCAUGCAUGAGUUUUUUAUAUAUAUCAAGUAAAUUAUACAAACAUUCCACUAUUAUCCAUUACCAAGUGGUCAGCCAUUUAAAUGUAGCUUUUUAGUCAGUGGAGAUAUAUCAAUGCAUGUUGCAUUACUCUAUAUUGUCGCCCAGGGUGACAACCAGGCAUGAUAACUUGUGACUUGUAACCUAUUGAAUGUGGCAGAAGAAAUAAUGACCUUUAUUUCUGC